AUGGCCGCCUCCUCUCUGCUUCUCGUUUGCUUGGCUGCAAUGGUGUACAUCACUGAAGCUACGCCACUGGUUUCCCAUGGCUCCAUUGACUCAAAGUGUCCUCUUAUGGUGAAAGUCCUGGAUGCAGUUAAAGGAAGACCAGCUACCAGCCUACUGGUAAAAGUGUCCAAAAGAGCUGAAGAUGGCACCUGGAAGGAGUUUGCUACUGGGGAAACAAAUGAAUUUGGGGAAAUCCAUGAGCUUACAACAGAUGAACAAUUUACAGAAGGCUUGUACAAGGUCCAGUUUGACACCAAUACAUACUGGAAGGCAGCUGGCGUUACUCCAUUUCAUGAAUAUGCUGAUGUGGUUUUUGCUGCUAACGAUUCUGGUCAUCGUCAUUACACCAUUGCUGCUCUUCUUAGUCCCUAUUCUUAUUCAACCACAGCUGUUGUCAGCGACCCAAAGGAAUGACACCAUACUUUAUUCUCACAACAUUCUCUCUACUAUUCCACUUUUGUAGGAUUAUAUUAGAGG